GACUUUUUAUUUAACUCAAAUCUGCACCACCAUGGCCAGAAUAGACCUAGUUAUCUGGCCAGUUCUUUUCAUAACAUUUACGCUGUUGAGUUGCAUGCUAAACGGAAUUACGACUUUGCAGAACACUACCACGCCACCCACGCCCCCUCCUCCUCCAACAUCAGUGCCAUCUGUCAAGUCGUCAGACAAUUUAUUUCAAGUCAACGGAAUCUUCCCAGAGUACACGGUCACGGCCGACAGCGGACCCGAGAGGUCAGAGUGCGGGAUUGGUGCCCUGAUGCCCUGGGCAGACAAACUGUACAUGGUGUCCUAUUUGUCUGUGCCGAAAGCGGGCAGUGGGACUGGAUUGUACACCAUCUAUGCUAAUGGCACGAUGGUCAAGAUAGCUGACCAUAGGUCAACUUUUGCCAACCGAAUUCUUCAUCGACAAACCAGUCAGAUUAUUAUUGGUGCAUGGGUCAUCGACAUGUUUGGUAACGUCCGGACGUUCAAAGAUUUGCUGGACGUGAGAGUGGCCUCAACAGCUGAACACUUGACAAAGCCAGAAACAAUGGUGUAUAUGCUGGGGAUGGAUGGGCCGCUGUGGGAAUGCGACGUCACCACACUGGACUGCAGCCAGCUGUUUGAUCUGGUGAAGACUCUGGACAUCCCAGCUUCGCAAGGGGAGCAGCCCCACUUCAAGGCUUCUCACACCAUGAACGGGCGACUUGUGGUAGCCAGUAACACGUUUGAGUUGAAUGAUUUUAAAGGACUUCAACAUGGCGGUAGACUCGCAGAAUGGAAAGGGCCUGGAACCAACUGGACCAUUCUAGCAGAUACAGCCUUUGUGGAAGUAACCGGUCGUCGUAACUUUGGUCAGGUGAUCUACGCUCUUGGUUGGGACAGCAAGUCAGUGAUUCUCAAAGUCUACGAGGGGGAAGAAACAGAGUACAACUACUGGCAGACGUACAGACUACCAAAAGCCUCUCACGCCUUUGAUCAUCUCUGGCAGACUGAGUGGCCCAGAAUCAGGGAAGUAGAGACGGAACGAUACCUCAUGGACAUGCACGGAAUGUUUUAUGAGUUGUCUCCCUUGGGUUGGGCCGGAAGUACCUGGGGGAUACGCCCCAUAUCCCAGCAUCUUCGUGUCAUUCCAGACUUUACGUCAUUUAGAGGAUUCCUCGUCUUAGGAGGAAACCAGGUAUCUUCAAUCAUGGAUAACAAUGUGGUCACUGGUCAGUCUCAGUCCAAUCUAUGGUUUGGUAAGACCGAUGACCUCUGGAGCUUUGGCAAACCCCAGGGCUGGGGUGCUGUAUGGCGGACUGAGGAUGUUGUCAAAGGGUCGAUUUCUGAUCCUUUUCUCAUGACUGGCUUUGAUAAAAAAGUAUUGCAUGUCAUUCUUCAUGAUGAUAAUGUGCUAUCGGCUGUGAUACAAGUCGAGGUGGACGUCACAGGGGCAGCAGGACACAGUCAGUAUGAGAAAUGGCUGCAAUUCAAACAGUUACAGAUGGCAUCCGGCGACCAGUCCGCAUACCAGAUUGUUACAUUUCCUGAAGGCUUCAGUGUGCAUUGGAUACGUCUAGUGUUGGCAAAUUGUUACACAAAUUCCGCAUUUGACAACACUUGUAAACUGACGGCUUACUUUCAUUAUACGUAAACGUAAUGUGACUCGAUGCUGCCAACUCUAAAAGUUGACUCAUCAUGAGAACUGCCGUAGUGUAUAUAUAGAUAUGUACUGAUUUACUUGAAAAGAAUAAAUAAAUCUCUU